CUGAAACUUCAAUUUCCGGAACCAACUCAUAGCCUCCGAUUCAGCCUUCUCGAAAAAGUAAUCAAGCUCAGGUAGUCGUCUCUAGGUAGCGACGUCUGUCUGUAUGUAGUGAAUGCGGCUGCGAUUGAAGCCGACCGUCCGAGGACACUCGGUCGCUUGGUCGCGAAUCCAUUCGCAUUCGAUUGCAACGCAUUUCUCUGGUUCUCAGUCUGACUUUUAGUCACGAUUCUAGGAGUGAGCCGCGUAAAUCGCUCUCUCUUCACAACGUCGUGAGCGAGCCGCCUCCCUAAUUAAGAAUAAGGCGUCCUCCUACUUCGUCAUACACAGGUCCAAAUUCUUUUGAACCUCCUUGUUGCCAUUUGUCAAACCAGAUGGUCUUGGGAAGAACCAUUCACUAACGACUGUUGCAGCUCGAUCCUCAUUGACCGCUGACUAUAGCUAUUUAGUGCACGAGAACCCCGUGAUUUGAUUAUUGUCGCAUGGAUGAUGCUCGAGCCGACUGGAGCUGAAUCUGGGAGGAUUUGAGGAGCCCAGGCCUGACAUAUCGCGGAGAAAAGACGUGACCGCUCUCAUCAUCGCACUUGACCCCUCACCACCCCAUUUGACGGCCGACACUUCGUCCACAAGGCCUCCUAUUCACGCGCUCAUCUUAGCCGUCGAUCUCCACCGCUGGCUCCUCAGAUCUUCGGCUGUGCUCCGCCAUGCUCCUCGUCUCGUGGCUCAACUCGCUGCGGCGAUGCUUCGGCACGCCGUUCCUCGUCCUCGUCUUCAGCAUCUACUGGGCGCAGGGCUUCCGCGCCUUCCCCUGGACGGCCAUCAGCAUUCUGGUGAAGGACCAGCUCAAGCUGGGGCCAGCAGCAGCGCAGCUCAUGACCUCCACGGCCUACAUGCCGUGGAGCGUUAAGCCCCUCUAUGGUAUUUUAUCGGACUGUGUGCCUAUACGGGGCGCCCGGCGCAUCCCCUACAUAGUCAUCGCCAACGCCCUCUCCCUGCUCUCCUGGCUCGCCCUUGCCUUCGUCCCUCGUCUCGCCGCCUCCCCUGCGCCCUUCACGCUGCUGCUCGUGCUGCAGAACGUGGGGGCAGCCAUGGCGGACGUGGUGAUCGACGCUAUGGUGGCGGAAGCUGCAAAAGGAGACAAAGAGAGGUACGCAGGCGACCUGCAAUCCCUAUCGUGGUUCUCCAUGGCUGCUGGCGGUGUGGUGGGGAGUCUCCUAGGCGGCCCGGCUUUAAAGACGCUGCGGCCGCACGGCAUGUUCGCCCUCUUCGCCUUCUUCCCGCUGUCUCAGCUCGCCAUGUGCCUCGUCUCGUCUGAGAGGAAACUCCUAGGGGGGACUGGGAGUGAAGAGGAGGAGCAGGAGGAGGGAGAGGAAGGAGUCGAGGCAGAGGAGGGAGUGGAGGAGGAGGAACAAGAAGGAGAGGAGGAGGAGGUGGAGGAGGGAGGGGGGAGAGAGAAGGGUGGGAAGGAGGCGGGCGAAUGCCUAGGUCUGGCUGGGAAGGCGAAUAUUGGAGUGAAGGGGGCAGAAGAGACUGGGUUUGGAGACAGAGAGAAGGCUGUAGCAACUGCUGGUGAGGCCAGGCAACAAGAGGAGAGUUUUCCCACUCAUAGUGCCAUUACAAGUCAGCAGCAAGGGGACAGCAAGAGCGAGGAGAGCAUUGGGUUGGAGGAAUGGGAGGAAGUGGAGUCGGACCCUCAGGACCGAGCAGGUCGAGAAAGGGGUACUGCUCAUCUGACGGAGGCUGGUUCUCAGGCGCCUCUAAACGAUGCAGCUAAAGAAACGAAGGUGUCUUCGUGUACAGAAGAGGAGGAGGGGGGGGGGGAAGGCUAUGGAGGGGAGGAGAUGGGGAGGGGACGCAGAGUGAGACACAUAGGAAUGGUGGCCUGGGUUUCGGUGCAGGGGAGGAGGGAGGAGUGAAGAAGAGGGGUGCUGGGAGUGGUGAGGCAGAAGGGAGGAGCGUUGGGCUGAGACAGAGGAGAGGUGGUGGUGGGGGCCAGAAGGAAACGAGUGAGGACGGGAAGGGAGCGGGAGCAGAGGAGCAGAAGAGGAGUCAAGGGGGAAGGCGGGGAAGGCGAGCACCGGGGUUGUGGAGGAAGGUGGUGCAUGUGGUAAUGGCUCUGUGGCGCGCUGUCAUGUCUCCUGACAUCUUCUGGCCCAUGGCGUGGUUCAUGGCAUCAUGUGCAGUCGUCCCCACGCUCUCCUCCUCGCUCUUCUACUUCCACACCAACCACCUGCACCUCGACCCCUCCUUCCUUGGCUCCACCAAGGUCGUCGGCUGGGCAGGGCUCAUGCUGGGGACCCUGCUGUAUAAUACCCGCCUCAAAUACGUCCCGAUUCGACGAAUCUUCAUGUGGGUGCACAUUCUGAUGGCGCUGUGCACGAUUGCCGACACUCUCCUCACCUCCCGCCUCAACCUGAGGCUUGGUAUCCCCGACCCUGUGUUCCUGCUGGGCUCCGCUGCUGUGUCCGAUGCUGUCAAUCAGUUCAAGUUCAUGCCGUUCCUCGUCCUCUCGGCCCGCCUGUGCCCCCCUGGAAUAGAGGGCACGCUUUUUGCCCUCUUCAUGUCAGCGUACAACUUUGGUAACACGCUCAGCGGUUACAUGGGCGCCACUCUCGCCACGGAGCUCGGCAUCACCGCCACGUCAUUCGACAACCUGACACUUGGCGUAACGAUACAGGCCUUUUGCACGCUGCUGCCGAUUGUCUUCCUCCGAUGUGUCCCUGCUAACAUGACUGGUGUUGGGGAUGAAGGGAAGCAAGUAGUGCGUGUGGUGAAGGAACAACCGGAGCAUGGUGAGGAUAGAAAGGGGGAGGGUACGGGGUCAAAGCGUUUGAAAGAAGCAUGAGAUGGCGAUAUGGGCUGUGUGUUUUCCACCCCAUUUCAUCAUUAUAUAUAAGCAAUUGGAUUGAAUAUUGCUGUAACUUCGUCAUUACAGUUGCAUAUUCUUCGUUUAUACCCCUUCUGCUACAUGACGGUU